AUGGAGGCGCCUCCUUCAUCUCUAGCCACGGCCACCUAUGACGACGACGACUACAUCGUCAACCUGUCGCUGACGCUGGGCCCGACCUCGCCGCUGACGCUGGGCCCGACCUCGCCGCAACCCUCCUCCCCUGACAAUGCCGCCGCGAUCGCGGCUACUGGUAAUGGCAGUGUUGAUGGAGGAGGAGGUGGUGGCAGCGGCAGAGGUGGUGUGAGGCUCUUCCCUUGCCUCUUCUGCAACAAGAAGUUCCUCAAGUCGCAGGCGCUAGGGGGACACCAGAAUGCACACAAGAAAGAGAGGAGCGUCGGAUGGAACGCUCACCUCUACCUCUCGCCGGAGACGUCCACCGUGCCCAACAUAGUUACGCCGAUUAGCCAAACAUCUCCUACGGUGGUGCCCAUCCAUGUCUCGCACUCGUGCCGUUCCCAACGCACAGUACACCGCGAUGAUGCGGCAACAUUUGGAGGGCCUCGUUACGCCACGGAUGGUGAUGGUAGUGGUUUAUCAGGGUGGUGGUAUGCGGAGGGCGGCCGAUCGUGUACGCUUGGCGGGGACGAGAAGCAGAGGCAUGUUGAUCUCAAUCUCAAGCUCUAG